AUGUGUCGCUUGCUGAUUUUCAUACUGAUUGUCCUGUCCCUUGGCAGUUCCAAAAGUUGGUCAGCCAGAGAAGUUAUACAUCAGCUUAACAAAGAUCUGCAACUACAGCUUAAUAUUUACUUGGAUUGCCAAGAUAUGGAGUUACAGUUCAAUCAGGAAGUGCCCAAUUUAAUACUGAAUUCUUUAAGGGAACAAAAGAAAUUAUUGGGUAGGUUCAGUGAGCGUUCUUUAAUCAUCGCCUGUUUGAAAGAAUCUACGGAAAACGAAACUUUAAACAGAGUGGAGAAACUACUCUGGGGAUUACAACACUUACCUAUGAUUUAUAUCAUAAAUUCGAGUUUGGAUUUUUAUUUCGAGCAAGCUUUACACAAGGGCUUUAUUCAUGUGCUGGCCUUGAAUAAUGGAUCGCUGUACACUUACAAACCCUAUCCCAAAAUUAAAAUCCAGCAAAUAAAGGAUAUGCAAGAAUUCUAUGGCUUGACAAAAUUGAGAAAUUUGCAAGGACAGCCGGUUUACACCUCCGUGGAGACGAUGACACCUCGAUGUUUUCACUACACAAAUCGUCAAGGCAAAGUAGUCUAUGCUGGUUACAUGUAUAAGCUGGUAAAAGGGUUUAUUGAAACCUAUAAUGGCACUGAGGAGCAUGUUUUUGGUGAUGUGGAUACCAUACCAUAUAAUAUUGGCUUAAAUGCAUUGGCAAAUGGUGAGAUCGACAUGAUGCCCCGUAUAAUACACGCCUUGGACUGGAAAUAUUUUUACCGCAGUUAUAUUGUAUACAACAUUAAGACAUUUAUUAUGGUACCUUGGGCUGAACCCUUGCCAAAAAGUUUGUACUUUAUCCAACCUUUUGGUUGGCAGGUUUGGAUUACGUUCAUAAUGAGCUUUAUCUAUGCCUCUAUUGCGUUUUGGUGGAUACGAUAUAGGCAGCACGAGGGAUCUUCUCUAUCUUCCACCUUUUUGGAUGUGCUGCAGCUGUUGUUUCAACUUCCUGUGAGCAAAAUUUGGCAUUUUAGUCUGGGAAUACAUCAGGUGCUCAGCUUUAUCGUGCUUUUCACCGUUGGAUUUAUUUUGACCAAUCUCUACACCGCUCAGUUAUCAAGUUCAUUAACAACUGGUUUAUUUAAGAGGCAACUGAACAGCUUUGAUGAUCUAUUUCGUGAGAAACGGAUAUUCCUUGUAGAAAGUUUCGACGCGGAAGUGCUACGCAAUAUGAUUAAAGAAAAGAUAAUUCAACAAGAGUUUCAAAAUAUUACUUUAGUGGCAUCGAUAAAGGAGGUUUUUAAACAGCGAAAGAGUCUGAACACUAGUUACGUCUAUGCGGCCUAUGAAGAUCGCAUUGCAUUUGAACUGCUACAGCAAAAGUAUUUGCGAGUGCCGAUUUUCAAGACAUUGAACGAGGUCUACGACCAAAGGCCGGUUUUUGUCGCACUCCGUCAUGGAUUGCCAUAUAUCGAACUAUUUAACGAUUACCUUCAGAGAACCUGGGUGUCGGGUAUUUGGUUAAAGUUACAGAGAGACGCAAACUUUGAGGGAAUUUCCAGUGGUGAAAUUAGCUUUCGGAAAUCAAAAUCCCGAGAGAUCCAGGUCAUCGACAAAGAAUUUUAUUUUUUUGCCUAUAUUUUACUGGUUCUGGGAUGGUUUGUUGGCACAAUCGUUUUUUUACUGGAGAAGUGUAGAUUUUAUUGCCAGUCAUAA